GUCUAUUCCCCAGAGCUGAAAAUAAUAUGAGGAAGUGACUGAGAGUCGUUGUAAACGGUGGCAGCACAUAAUGUGACGGUAUUACCACCCGCAGCACUACAGAGCCCAGCAUGGAUUACUACUAUGGGCUGGUUCUUUUCAUCUGCUGCUGGAUCCCAGGGUUCGGGAAACUUCCAGCUCCUAUCAAUGUCACCAUGGAUUCCUUCAACUUUAAGAAUACUUUGCGUUGGACACAACCAGCUGAUCUAGAGGGUGACGUGAUAUACAUUGUGGAAUAUAAAAUAGAUAUCCCAUCUAACAGGGUUGCCUAUAAGAGAAUAUGUAUCACUCACGAGCAACAGUGUCAUUCUUCUGUCAUCACGUACCGCUCUUAUGUGCGAGUGAAAGCGCGGAAAUAUUCCGAUGAAUCUGACUGGGUGACAAUACACUUUGACCCCUAUGAAGAAACAAUUAUUGGGGCUCCAGACGUGACAGUCUCUUCGAGGUCGGGACAUCUGGAUGUCAGUUUCAAAGGUCCUUUAGUAGGGGCGGAAUUAGAAUCAUUGAAGAUGAAAUAUGGCGAGCUUAUUUAUAGGGUUCUAUACUGGAAGGAGUCGGACCCUGCACAUGUCUUGAAUGUGAGUACAUCCCAAAGCCAAGACACUCUGCGUGACUUAGAAGCAUGGACGGUGUACUGUGUAAAGGUCCGAGCCUAUGUGCCUGAAUAUAACAAAUCUGGAGAGUUCAGCCCUGCGAUCUGCAAGGAAACCACUAAUAAUGAGUCCAGAAAGCCUUCAGCUCCCAUCAAUGUCACCAUGGAAUCCUUCAACUUCAGGAAUACUUUACGUUGGAAGAAACCAGAUGAUCUGGAGGGUGACGUGAUAUACAUUGUGGAAUAUAAAAUGUACGUAACAUUGCUAUUUUAUAUGGAACACGCUCCACUCAUUUGUAUGGAAGCAACUAACUCAAGCAUCUUCAACAUCCUAUGA